AAACCCCAGAUAACCCUUCCUCAGUUGCUGUUAACAGAAAAUUAAAAUAGUGCUAUCGUCUUCUCAACUUCAUCUUCCUCCUGGAAAACUCUUCAUUUUUCCGUCUAAAGGGCACUAUUUUCUAUCCUUUAAAGCAACAUAUUUUAGUCUCUACCGAAGCCGCUUCUCCCAUCUUCACCUUCACGACCACAAUAGAAGAUGAACGAGAACAAGACCAACAGAUAGACGCAGUCAACAAUGCCACGGCCGUGACCCAGAAAAAUAUAAAGAAAAGAGAUUAACUUUUGAACUUCUGAUCACUUUUCCCACUUGAGGAUCUUUGUCUCUCUGAUUACAUCAUGCCAUAGAACAUUGGAUAUGCUCUCCCAUGUCUUGUCUAUGUCUAAAACAGUCAACUACACUUUUUUUUUUCUGUUCACUUUGUCAUAAGUUGAAUAACAAAUUAAUGUAGUUUUCCCUUGUCCCCAAUCCUUGCCAUCUUCUUGACAUCCAUUAAUCAUUUACAAAGAAAGAUUUCAUUUCUCAUUGUUAGAGGCACACCAAUCCCAUUGGAGCCAAAGAUUUUGAGUUCUGUCUUUAUUUAUUGAGUUUGUUUCUUAAUUUUUUAGUGUUCUUAACGUGUGGUUUCACCAUUUAACCUUGUCAAAUGAGCUUUCUGCUGUAGGUUACCACCAAUGAAGCUGUUGAAUUGUCGAGGAGAGUAGUGUUGGAGGAAGGUCUCAAGUGGUUACUAGAUGAUAUAGGUUAUAUUUCUAAGCUUUGGUGAGAGUCAUAUUCCGACUGCUCUUUUCCAUUCUACACAUGAAGAGGUUCAGAAAAUGCCUACAAGUUCAUGUAAAAUUACUCUUUCUAGAUGGAAUCAUUUGUCUUUGAGCACGAAUUCUGUAGCGGGGGAACCCAUUUACACACUCAAAUAUGAUUUUGUCUCCUGGCCUUAGCCCACUGUCACGUACAUAUUUGCGCCAUCCUGUUCUAAAAACUGGCCUUCGGUUGCCCUCCUUCCGGAUAUAGUAUCCAAAGCCUGAAAAAGUUGUUAGUUUACUGUCGAGUAAACGCGCGAGCUGCGGGAGCUCUGCCAGUGUGUGUGGUUAGAAGCUCAAUUUUCGUGUGCACUGUAUGAAAAUCGUCCAUAUCCAGUGAGCACUACAUGCUAGUAGCCCUUUUCCUGCAAGCAAAACGAUCGACGUGGGUUUCUAACAUGGGUCCACAACGUGGAAAAUUCAAAAUUCACUAUCUUUGGUCCCAUGAUAAAGACCAUAUUCUUUUUAGUUCGUGGAGAAAAGAAGUGAAAAGUAGAUUUUGCCUCACAGAAUAAUAUAUCUUCAAAAAGGUGGAGUGUACACGAUGAUGGUCGAUGGACAGAAACCUCUGUCGUCGAACGAUGUCCUCAAUAGAUUGAGCUACGAACGUCUGCGUCGAGCUGUCUCAAGAGUGUCUAGAGUUUAAGAAUCUGAGAAGCAACCUGUUCGAUACUCACGUGCAAAAUAAAGAUUUUCGACUCGAGAAUUAAAGAAACCACAAAUUCUACAUGAGAAGACCACUAUUUGGGAUAUGUCUUGGUCGUUCGGUACUCUUCAUACGUGAGGAAGAAGUUGUAAUUGUUGUCACCUGCUAGUAGUUUCUAUUUCAUAUUUAGAAAAAAAAAAUUCAUGGAGAAAAAAAGCGCAAGUACUGGAUGUAUGAUUCAAUGCGCCCCCAACUUAGAA